AUGCACUUCGUCAUCCCUAUCCUCGUUUUCGUCACGGCCAACCUCUGGGGGCUCUUCAAUACCAUCCCCUUCACCAACAUCGACCCGGCCCGCUCGUUCUGGGACCGCGCCCUGGGAAGUGUACAGCUGGCAAGCACGGUGUACACUCUCGAUCAACUCCCGCGCAUCGUCGAUGAGGGGACCUGGUUCGACCUCCUGAAGAAGGAGUACUUCGUCGGCUGGAGCACCACCAUCCUACCAGAGAUGGAGCCAGCCACGAUCCCUCACCCCGGCCCGAUCCCAACACUGGCCCCGCUGACCAGUCCUCACGGCCUGUCUUCCUCGCCUUCCUCGCCAACCUCGUCGACGCCGACAAUCACCGGACCACCUUGCGCCGAUACCCACGCACAGGCCUGCGGCGACCCCCUUGUCGAGUACCUGGUGUACGCGAUCCUUGCCCUCGUUGUCUGGCUCGUCGUCAAGCAAAUCGACCAGACUCGAGACCUGGCAAUGGUCGCGGACCAGAUCAGCCAUUUGCAGGCUUGGCAAGGAAGCCUCUGGGACGGCAUCGUCGACAACCACAGCAACCUCGUCUACCUGGUCAACGCGGCACAUGCGAUGCAACAAGCCGCACAGAAGCCGUUGCCAGUUGUAGAGGUCCUGGACGUCCACAGCCAACAAAGUGCUCCGUCGGAUGAGAAGAGUAGUGCGGCGGUCGACCUGGCCCUGCAUGAAGUCCUGGCCAGCUUAGACACGCUGCGUCAGACCAUCGACCGGGGUACGGACGUUUGGGAGGGGUUCUGGGAACGGUUGGAGGUUAACCAAUCGGGGUCAUCAGAAACCCAUCCGACCGAUUUCAGUGUCGGCGACCCGAUGGAAAUCUAG